CUAUUUUUAUAGACAAAUGGAUGACGAGUUUAUAGAUGUUAACAGUUUUUUCCCAGGACUAACCAUUCACCAUUGAGUCCAUUGCCAUAUAUAUAAUCAAUAUUACAAUUAUUAUUAUUGAAUUACGGAGCUAUAAGAAUUCAAACGCAAAGCAAGCUUUUAUUAUUCAUAUUAUGAAUAUAUGGCAUAAACAUCAAUUUUUCAAGGCCAGUGGAUGGAAUAAAUUAGCUCUAAAAUGACCUCUUCGGUAGAACCAAGACCAAAUGAUCGUAAAGUAAUACUAGACAUUUUAGUUGAGUUCAUAGAAGUCUCAAUUCAUUGCAUUCUCUACAACAGAAACCUCUAUCCCCAAGGAGUGUUUGAAAAGAGGAAUAAAUACAAUGUUCCAGUUCAGAUGUGUCAACAUCCAGAGGUUCGCAGCUAUGUUAACAGUAUUAUUGAGAGUCUGGCUGUGUUGCUCUCUGAAGGAAGAGUUGACAAAAUCAGUGUUGUCAUACUGAAAGAAGAGACUGGUGAGCCCUUGGAAAAAUUUGUAAUUGAAGUUCGAGAAAUCAGAGACAAGUGGCGAGACAAAGAUCCUAACUUGCUACAGACAGAGAGAGCACUCAGGUCAUUUUUACUGAAACUUAAUGUGAGUGAUGCCCUAUUGAAGCCACCUGCAACAGGAACGACCUGGACAAUUCAUGUAGAUACCACAGAGGCCAUAUUUGAAGCAGUGGAACUGCAGUUGAUUGAAAAGGAUUUCCCCUGGAUUGAAGCAGAAGAAAAGCAGGCAUCUAUUGAAAAUGCAACAUUGGUACCUCUUAGAAGCAAUACCUCAGAUGCUUUUAGAAUGCAGCUUUAUGUGGAAGAAAGGAAAGCUGAAAUAUCAGAAACAUUAAUCAACUCCUCUGAUGGCAUUAUAGACAAUUCAUGUCUUGUGGAUGAUACCCUUUCUAAUAUCUUAGAUACUACUUGUAAGCCAAUGGAUGCCUCCAGUUCUAUACUCAGCUCACCAUCCACAUCUCAGGAUACAUGAGGUAGUAGUCUAGGACCUAGGUUAUAGUACUACAGCCAAUUUAUGACUUUGGCCUAACUAGGCCUAUGUUGUAAACAUAAAUGAAGACAGUAGCCCCAGAUACUGUUAAGAGUAAUUGCGAACAGAGAUUAAGCUCUUGAUGAAAUGAUCAGGUCUAGUUCAGACAAUCAAACAGAAACUUUCAAAACAGAAAGAACAAAUUUAGAAUGUAAAAAAAAAUAACCUAAGUUACUAUAGAAGUAUGAACAGGAAAAUCAAAUAUAAUGAUUAUGUAUUUGUUAAUAGCUUGAUGAUUUUAAAUUACAAAAUCAAAAGAUGUGUAUAUUUGUAAAUAAAUUAAGAGAACUUGGUGGUCUAUUUGAAUAAAUUAUAAAUGAAAUCAUUUUUUUUAUA